AUGAAUGGUGUUGAUACUGAGAGUGAUCGGAACCAUCAAGAGAAUGUACAAGAGAAAAUAGAUUAUGUGUUUAAGGUGGUGGUGAUCGGUGACUCUGCAGUUGGCAAGACUCAGAUUCUUUCCAGGUUCACCAAGAAUGAAUUUUGCUUUGAUUCAAAGUCUACCAUUGGCGUUGAGUUCCAGACUAGGACUGUCACCAUUAAGGACAAGGUCAUCAAGGCUCAGAUCUGGGACACUGCUGGACAAGAAAGGUACCGUGCGGUGACAAGUGCAUACUAUAGAGGAGCAUUAGGGGCCAUGUUAGUCUACGACAUUACCAAGAGACCCACAUUUGAUCAUGUGGCUAGGUGGGUGGAGGAGCUCCGAGCCCAUGCUGAUAACUCCAUUGUGAUCAUGCUGAUUGGAAACAAGGCUGAUCUUGUGGACCUCAGGGCAGUUCCAAAGGAAGACGCGGUAGAAUUUGCAGAUGAUCAAGGCCUAUUUUUUUCUGAGACAUCAGCCCUUAGUGGGGACAAUGUGGACAGUGCAUUUUUCAGGCUGCUAGAAGAGAUUAAUGGUGUGGUUUGUAAGAAGGCAUUGGAAUGUGGCAAUGGAAAUUCCAAUGCUGCUGAUGCCAUAAAGCUUCGAGGUUCUAAGAUUGAUGCUAUAUCAGGGACUGAUUUGGAGAUAAGUGAGAUGAAGAAAUUAUCUGCUUGCUCGUGUUGA